AUGGUAGAGGUCGUCGAGAACAAGAGUAGAGCCGGUUUGGGAUUCCAACGAGGCUUGGCGACUUUUCAAAGAGAGAAUCCGCCGGUGUUUAAAGGGAAGCAUGAUCCAGAUGCAGCCUUGGGAUGGUUGAAAGAGAUCGAGAGAAUCUUCCGUGUUAUGGAUUGCACUCCAGCUCAGAAGGUUCGGUAUGGUACUCACAUGCUAGCAGUCGAAGCUGAUGACUGGGAAUUCAUGAGAAAGUAUUAUCCGGAAGAUGUCCGUGGUAAGAAAGAAAUUGAGUUCCUUGAGCUGAAGCAAGGAAACAUGUCUGUCACUGAUUAUGCUGCAAAAUUUGUGGAGUUGUCCAAAUUUUAUCCUCAUUACACUGGUGCUGGUGCUGAAUUUUCAAAGUGCAUCAAGUUUGAAAACGGACUGCGCUCUGAAAUUAAGAAGGCUGUUGGGUAUCAGAAGAUACGCAUUUUUACUGAAUUGGUUGAUAGCUGCAGGAUAUUUGAAGAAGACAAUAAUGCUCAUUACAAGAUUGUCAGUGACCGCAGGGGCAAGCAACAUCAAAACCGUGGCAAGCCGUAUGAUGCUCCAGUGGGAAAAGGGAAACAAGGAGCUGCUCCGGCUCAGAGGACUAGUAGGGGAGGUGCCCCUGCUGGUAUAGUUUGCUUUAAAUGUGGUCAGGCUGGUCAUAAGAGUAAUGUAUGCACUGCUGAAGUAAAGAGGUGUUUUCGCUGUGGUAAGACUGGCCAUGCAAUAGCUGAUUGCAAGCACAAGGAAAUGAUUUGUUUUAAUUAUGGCGAAGAAGGGCAUAUUGGAAGUCAGUGUCAGAAGCCAAAGAAAUCUCAAACUGGAAAGGUGUUCGCAUUGACCGGAACUCAAACCUCCAGUGAGGACAGACUUAUCCGAGGUACAUGUUUCAUAAAUGGUACUCCUUUAAUUACUAUUAUUGAUACCGGUGCUACACACUGUUUUAUUUCUGCUAACUGUGCUCGAAGACUGGGUUUAAAAUUGUCCGCUUUGGAUGGUGAAUUGAUUGUUGAGACCCCAGCUAAGGGAUCAAUAACUACUUCUUUGGUAUGUUUAAAAUGUCCUUUGUCGAUCUUCGAUAAAGAUUUCUAUGUUGAUUUAGUAUGUUUGCCGUUGGAUGGGAUGGAUGUAAUUCUUGGUAUGAACUGGUUAGAGUAUAAUUAUGUUCAUAUAAAUUGUCAUCAUAAGUCGGUGAGGUUUUCCACUCCUGAAGAGGAAGGAGUUGACUUAUUACCUUUCAGAGAAUUGCAAAAAUUGAUGAAAGAGGGAGCUCAGAUGUUUUCUUUGAUGGCGACGUUGUCGGUUGAGAGUAAAGCUAAGAUUGAGGAACUGUUAGUGGUGAAAGAAUUCCCUGAAGUUUUUCCUGAUGAAAUUCCUAGUGUGCCUCCAGAGAGGGAAGUUAAAUUUACUAUUGAUCUGGUACCUGGUACUAGGCCUGUUUCGAUGGCACCGUAUAGAAUGUCGGCAUCUGAAUUGUAUGAAUUAAAGAAGCAAUUGGAAGACUUA